UAAUAUGACGUUCGUGUUAAAAUGGCAGGCGUCGAACGAUUUCGUAACACUGUUCCCUUUCUUUCCACCUUGUUUUUUUAAAAUAAUCAUGUUAAUUGAAACAUGUACAACAUGUAUUACAUAGAAAGCCAGGUGAUGACCUAUAUCCAAUUUAAAAGUUGAAUUUACUUUCUUUUCCACGUUAAUUUAGCAACAAGGCGGAGUAGUACAGAGAUGUUCAACGAAUUGGGUCGCGGCCCAACGGCGCCACAUUUUGAAAACUCCGGGUCGUUGUUGUCGUCGUGUUUCGUGUUGUUUGCCUUUAACCUUUUCUACACAUAUCCUGCUGUUAAAUCUAUCAUAACCUAAUUUUGGGUUAGUUAUGGGUGUUCACGAAUUGUGGUCCAUCGUCGAGCCGGUCCGUGAGUCGGUGCCCCUGUACAGUUUGAGCGGAAAGACGCUGGCAGUUGAUUUGAGUCUAUGGGUGUGCGAGGCCCAACAUGUUCAAGCAAUGAUGGGGAGAGUUACCAAGCCCCACCUGAGGAAUUUAUUUUUCAGGGUGUCAUCCCUCACACUUAUGGGAGUGAAGCUUAUCUUUGUGAUGGAAGGAGAAGCCCCUCAACUUAAAGCAGAGACCAUGAGCAAGAGGACAGAAACAAGAUAUGGAGGAUUCAAAAAGGCUUCUGCCCCUAAAUCUACAACAAACACCAGCAGAGGGCGCUUUAAUGCUGUACUUCGAGAGUGUGCAGCCAUGUUGGACGGUUUGGGUGUGCCUUGGGUGACUGCUGCUGGGGAGGCUGAGGCCAUGUGUGCCUACCUGGACUCACAGGGACUGGUGGACGGCUGCAUCACUAAUGAUGGAGACGCCUUCUUGUAUGGAGCCCGGACUGUCUACAGGAACUUCAAUAUGAACAGUAAAGACCCUCAGGUGGACUGUUACAAGACCUCCAGAGUCCACACAGAGUUAAAUCUCUCCAGAGAGAAUCUGGUUGGUCUGGCCAUCUUCCUUGGCUGCGACUAUAUUCCUAAAGGAAUACCAGGUGUUGGUCGAGAGCAAUCACUGAGGCUUAUCCAGAUGCUGAAAGGACAAACACUUCUGCAGAGGUUCAUCCAGUGGAAGGAGGACAAUGCGGGUGUGUCUGAGGGAGCUUUAAAGAAAGUUCCUCACUGCCAAAUUUGUAGACAUCCUGGCUCAGCGAAGGCUCAUGAACGUAGAGGCUGUAUGCUUUGCGAUAGCAAACAUUUCUGUCAGCCUCAGGACUUCGACUACCAGUGUCCCUGUGACUGGCACCGCUAUGAAGACACCAGGCAGGCCUCGUCUUUUGAGGCAAAUAUCAGGAAGAAAACACUGGCAAGUCAACAGUUCCCUUUUACAGAGGUCAUUCGAGAGUUCCUGAUUUCCAAGGAUAAGCCUGUGUCACAUUUCAAAAGAAGACAGCCAAAUAUAAAGUUGAUGCAGAAAUUUGCCUAUGACAAGAUGGAGUGGCCGACGCACUACACCAGUGAAAAGGUUUUAGUCUUGAUGACCUACGCAGAGUUGAUGAACAGAAAAUAUGGAAGAGAAAUGUCCUCCCAAGUCAAGCCCCUCAGAAUAUUGAAACCAAGGGUGAGGAAUGCCGUCGCUUGCUUCGAGAUCGUCUGGAGAACACCAGAACAUUACGUGUUUCCUGAGGAACUGCCAGCAGAGGAUCAACAUGAGGUGAGGACGGUGGAGGAAGAGUCUCUCUUCCGUGUGGCCUACCCAGAGGUGGUGGAGAGCUACCUGAGAGACAAAGCUCUGGCCGAAGAGAACAAGACCAAGAAGAAAAGGCCAAAGAGUAAAAAGGAGAAGCCAUCUGAUGUCGCUGAUGGUAUUUCGGACCUCGUGGCUCAGAUGACCCUUCAGAGUUCCUCUAACACUCAACCACAAACCAUUUCAACAUCUGGUGAAGCAGAAGUGGUGGUUUUAGACACUCCAGUGAACCAUAAACAGCAUCGGAAGUCAAAAGAGGACCAAAGCAGUUUGGGCGAUUGCCCCAAAACUCCUCUGUCUCAUGCAGAAUCCGAGGCUGCUGCUUCACCGUCCGUCUCUGCUGUGAUCGACGCUCUACACCUGAGUGAUAUUGACUGGGAGGCUUUGUCCUUCACGUCUUCUCCAACUCCACAAUCCGCUACAAACCACAACACUGAGCCCAAACUUAGGCAAAUUACAGACGGUGUCGUUAACGACGAAAAGAUCAAGCAGAAAACUUCAAGUGACGUCAAAGAAGCAGACUCUAGAUCGGCUCCAGAAUUGUGCUACACAGAGUGUCCUCUAAGGGACAGGCUGCUCAUGAGGAACGCAGCUAAAGCGAUAGACCUGAAGGAGAAACACAAUGACGUCAUCUCAAAACAACUAAACUAUGAGUUGGCCUCUAUCAAACACAUUUCUUCUCAUAACUCAAAAGCAAAUGGACAGAUCUCCAGUAAAGGUAGCAGUGACAGUAAAUUGUCAGGAAAGGAAUCUGCUGUGAACAAAAAAGAACCACUCUCUGAGAAACGUCAGUGUGCAACAAAUGAGGCAGAAACAGAAACUCACAGUUUAAAACAGCAGUCGAGGCCGGCAGUACAAAGCAUAACAAAGGACAAUGGCUCCAAAAAGCCUCAAAAAUAUAAAUUUGUCCGAAAAGCCAUUUCCUCGUCUGUACCACCACAGAGGACCCACUCUGACCCAGGUCAUUGUGACAAGGACAGGAACACACUGCAGAUCACCAAGAAGAGCGUGUGUAUGAGCGUGUGUUCGUCCAGCGAGGAAAGUGAUGCGGAGAACCAGCAGUCUAGACCUCAAAGAAAAGCUCAGAGCAAGCCUAUCGACAAGAUCAAGAGCAGCUUCCUCUCAGACUUCCCCCUGAAACCCAAAACAACCAAACCAACCGCUAAAACAGCUCCAACCUGUGUUCAGCUAAUACGACCAAAAGCUCAGAGCUACACUGCCGAGAUAAACAGCAUACCUGUAGAAACUAAAAGCAAAUGUCAGGAUGUCUCACCGGCUCAUGUUUUCCCUCAGACUCCAGCAUCACCUGUCGUCGUGUUAGAUAGUGAUGAUUCAGUUAUUUGUAGUGACAGUCCACUGCCACUGGCGGAGAGACUGAGACUGAAAUUCCUGAAGUGAGCAGCACGAUUACAAGAUGAUGCUCAAGAAACAUGUAAGCUAUUUUAUGUUGAAUGUGAAAGUUUAUUCUUAACCUUGGAAAUGGAGGUUGACUAACAAAUCUUAACUCCACGUACUAGCUUAAUAGUUAAUUGAUGGAAAAUUAAUCAGCAACUCUUUUGAUAAUCCAAUAAUCGUUAAGUAAGUCAAACUUUUGAUGGUUCCAGUUUCUCAUGUAUAAGAAUUUGCGGCUUUUUGUUGUCUUAAUAUUAUAAUGAAUUGAAUAUCUUUGGGUUUUGGGCUGUUGAUGAGACGAGACCUUAGAUGACAUCGAGGACUUGUGAAGAAUAAUCCAAGAAAAAAACAAACCUGUUACUGAUCCUAAAUGAAACUGUUUCUGUGAAAUGGGGAUUAAAGUUUAAACACGGUUGGAAGUAUUACAUGCUGAUUAUAAGUGAGAUGUGGUUUGAAAAGCUACUAAUUGGACCUUGACCAUGAUUUUAUUAAAGCUGUGCCAUUUAGAUUUUAUACAAUUACAUGUUGUGAGAUUGAAACGCUUGACUGAUUAUGUUGCCAAUGAAAAACAAACAAAAUUGUUUUCAAAUAAAAAAAGUUUUUUUAGUGAA